UUCCGGGGUGGGGCCCGUCCAUUGCUUCCUUAUGGCGAAUGUGGGCUUUCCGCACAGCGAGGAUCGGCAGUCUUUUGGCUGCUACUUCCGUUAUUUUAAGACGGUGCCUGAGAUUGGGGGUGGCCAUGGCCAAGAGCAAGUUUGAGUACGUGCGGAAUUUUGAGGUUCAGGACACAUGCCUGCCGCACUGCUGGGUGGUGGUGCGGCUGGACGGCCGGAAUUUCCACCGGUUUGCUGAGGAGCACAACUUUGCCAAACCUAAUGACAGUCGGGCCCUCCAUCUGAUGACCAAAUGUGCCCAGACAGUAAUGGAGGAGCUGGAGGACAUUGUGAUUGCGUACGGCCAGAGUGACGAGUACAGCUUUGUGUUCAGGAAGAAGAGCAAUUGGUUCAAAAGAAGAGCCAGUAAGUUCAUGACUCUCGUGGCCUCCCAGUUUGCCUCCAGUUACGUAUUUUACUGGCGGGAUUACUUUGAGGACCAGCCCCUUCGGUAUCCUCCAGGAUUUGAUGGGAGAGUCGUGUUGUAUCCUAGCAACCAGACUUUGAAGGACUACCUCAGCUGGCGACAGGCAGACUGUCACAUCAAUAAUCUUUAUAAUACAGUUUUCUGGGCCCUUAUCCAGCAGUCUGGACUAACACCAGUCCAAGCCCAGCAGAGAUUAAAGGGAACUCUGACGGCCGACAAGAAUGAGAUUCUGUUCUCUGAGUUCCACAUCAACUACAACAAUGAGCCACACAUGUACAGGAAAGGGACGGUGUUGGUGUGGCAAAAGGUGGAAGAAGUCAGAACACAAGAAGUCAGGCUGCCAGCAGAAAUGGAAGGGGAAAAGAAGGCCGUGGCUCGGACCAGAACCCGGGUGGUGGCCUUGAACUGUGAUCUUAUUGGGGAUGCCUUCUGGAAGGAACACCCAGAGAUUCUGGCGGAAGAGAACUGACCUCACGCUCUGCAGUUCUAGCAUGCUUAAUCACACAAGGCUCCCCGAGUCUCCCCCUAACCCUAGGUGGUUCAAGCACUCCUGGUCCCAAGAACACUGUAAGGAAGGACAUGACUGGAGAUGGGUGGAGACAGAUGAAGGAGGGAUAUAUGGGGGUGGUGUAUCUUGUUCUGCUUAAGCAGAACACCUUUUUUUUUUUUUUUUUUUUUUUUUAAAAAAAAAAAGAAAACUGUGUUAGAACAUGACUUCUUUGGCUCUUUUCAAAAUCAUGGUCCUAUUUUUAUAAAGAAACUAUUCAUACUUUGCUGGAGGAGUCAUUUUUAGCUGUGGUAUAAGCCUUACAAAAAACUGUCACCUCUUUCCACCUCUGAUAAAGAGGAGCCCAAACUUUACCCUCACCCACUUAACUAGCAAAUGCAGCGACUAAAAAACCCCACUUCUCACACCCAACUGCUUGCAGUUAUCUUUUGGCAUGCAGUUAAAUAUGGGUUGCUGCCUGCACAAUGCCUCCAGAUUGAGAAAUCCCAGGGAACACUCAAGACUCUGUGCCAGUUCCCAGGGUGGCAGCUUUGCCUGAACUGAACACAGGAGGAAUGGUUUGGGGAUCCUGCACCAUUCCAGGAUUGAUUUUUCUGGAAUUGUUACCAUAAUCAUUGACAUCUCUUACCGAACAACAUAGUUUCCAGUCGCUUAACUCUCUUUAAGAAAAGGUAUUUUAGGAAGGUAUAUGUGUGUACAUCCAAGAGGGAAGUGUGUGUGUGUGUGUGUGUGUGUGAAUGCGAAUGUGAAUGAGGAUGGAGAAGCCAAAUAUUUGAAGCCAAACUGCAUGACAUGGCAAGGCUCUCAAAAAGGAGUCGAGUCGGGCUUGGGGUCACUGGUGAUUGCAGAGGUUUUUAAAUAGCUCCUCCCACCAAUGGCAGGAUGGGAACUGGCAAGGGGCAGAGAGUGGGGAUGGGAAGGCAUUUGUUCCCAAGGUGUUGAACUCAGUGGGGAAAUCAUGAUUUCCCUUGACCCUGUUUCAUAUCUUAGAGGGAAAAGUUUAUUUGGCUCCAUUAGGAAUUAAUUAAAAGACAACCCGUGUCCUGCUGCUGCCUGGUCUUGCAUUUACAGGAUUUUCAGCCAAGAAGAAAAUGUAUUUUUGAAAGAGCAGCGUCUGGCCUCAUCCCUCACUAAUUGACACUCCAUCUGCCGAUGCCGGUGUUUUUCCUUCCCAUUCUCCCCUCUCCCCAGGAAGAAGCAAUAGAGCUCAUGUUUGGUAACUGCUAAAAUCUUUUUAAGAGGAAAAAAAAGUAUAAUAAAGACUUCAGCUCCUUGGCCUACUUAAUUGGUUCCUACAGAAUGAGUUUAACUUGUGUGUUUGUCUUAAGCUAGGAUGCAUGUCCCCACAUAGCAGACAUCCAGAGACCUCUGGGUACAUUUUUUUAAAAUGUUCAUUUGAAUGUUGAAUUUGAAAGUGCCAAUGUAAGAUAUCCAUGUGGAUGUUUGGGACUCUUCAGUGAUUUUUUUAAAAGCCCAAAUGUUUCUGAUACACAGCUAUGAACAUUAUAGCACUUUGGGCAAGCAAUUCCCUCAGCAUACUAGAGAGGCAGUAAGAUCAUUAGCUCCUGAUGAGCAAAUUUAACUUAAUGGUAGGUUGAUAGCAUGUUAUAUCAAAAUUGGCCAAGUAGGGAAUAAAGACCCAAGUUUCAUUGACAACCGCUGGAGAAAGUGUGUGCUUUCAGAUCCAGGGAAGUCUCCCUCUGGGCAUGCCCUGAGAUAGUCAUUGAAUGGUGCUGGAAGUUUUCAGUCAUUGAAUGGUGCUGGAAGUUUUCAUGCAGGCAGGGGAUUUUUAAAGCAAUAAACCGGGGUUGAACACAAGUGUCAUCAAGUACCAUUACCUACCCAAAGCUUGCUCUUUAUUUCGUCUGUGUGUUUCCCUCCUACGAUGCAGCUCACACGGUGGUGGCAGUGUGCUAAGUUUCAUCUCUGUCUUAAAGAUAGUCAAGUGUUCUUUUGGGCCACAUUUUCAAACUUACAGAAAGUAAAGAAGACCCCAAAGCAGCUAGCGCGGGCUGAAUGCCGGUUGAUACUUUGAGAAGGUGGUGGCACUUCGGAGAAUGACUUGUGUGGCUGGAGAUGGCAAGAAGCAAGACAGCUAUGCUGGAUGGGGAGGGACUUACCUCCAGGAGUCUCACUUUUAAAACCAUUCCUUUGGGGUUGAAGAGAUGGCUAUUCUUCCGAAGGAAGACCCAGAACCCACAUGGUAGCUCACAACGAGCACAACUCAGGGGAUCCAGCAUUCUCUGGCCUCUGUGUGUAUGUCUGAUUGCUCAUAGUGCACAGGCAUACAUGCCGACAAGCAUACACAUGAAAUAUAUCUUAAAGAGUUUUUGCUGAACUAGAGCUAAAAAAUAGUGUUGAUUCUUUGGAUUUUGCAGUAGUCAGGAGAACAUCAAGGAGUCAGUUUUCUUUUCUUUGAUACCAAGUGUUCUCUAAACUUAGUGGGCAGGGAAAGGAAGUGAGGAUGUAGUCACCCGUCUUUUAUAGCACUCAACCAUCUAGCAUGCACCCACUGUAUACUCUGUACCCUUCCUGUCAUAUUUCAGACGACAAUAAGAACUCAAAAGAGGCUCAGUAAUUUGAGCUUAGACAGGCUAGCCUGAUCCACAUCAGGAAUAUACUUAACAGGAAUGAAAAAUGGGAUAUGUCUUGUCUUCCUGUCCUUUGCCUCCAGCUCAAGCCGAACAACAGAGAACAUCCUGGGACUUUAAAAUGCUGCUCUUGGGGUCUACCCCCCGAGUCUGGAGCAUCAACCAUUCUAAGCUGUCUGUGAAUAUCAGUGAGUUUUACUAAAUAAAUGGUUAAUUGUUACUGCCUCCAAAA